AGGCACAGGAUGGCAGAGAGGCCGGAGGACCUGAACCUGCCCAACGCUGUCAUCACCCGCAUCAUCAAGGAGGCGCUUCCUGAUGGAGUCAAUAUCUCCAAAGAAGCUCGGAGUGCCAUAUCCCGAGCAGCAAGUGUCUUUGUGCUCUAUGCAACAUCCUGUGCAAACAACUUUGCCAUGAAGGGGAAGAGGAAAACCCUGAAUGCUAGUGAUGUGCUCUCUGCCAUGGAGGAGAUGGAGUUCCAGAGAUUUGUAGGCCCUCUGAAGGAAUCCCUGGAAGUUUACAGACGUGAGCAGAAGGGGAAGAAAGAAGCAAGGAAAGACAAGGACAAGAAGACAGACUCAGAGGAGCAGGAUAAAAGCCGAGAGGAAGAGAACGAUGAUGAUGAUGAAAGGAUGGAGGAAGAAGAGCAAAAUGAUGAGGAAGAGGUGGACAACUGA